AUGUCUUCGAGCUUCAUCCACAAUCCAGCUGUUCUAAAGCCAGGGGCGAACCCUCGCUCGACGGCCCCCAAGCCGCGCCGAGAGCAACUAGACAGUCAGCAGCCUACGACAAAAUCCACUGAUGUCUACUUUUGGUAUUUCGACUCGACUCCAAGCGCUGUACCAUUGUACAGCCAGAACAUGCCAUCCGUGCGCGACCUCAAAACCAAUGGCGUGGAGUCGGUUGUGAAUACCAUCGAUGGAAGGACGUCAGUCGACCUCGCUGACUACCAGACCGCUGCCGGAAAGUACCGUGCCGUUGUAAAGCUGUUUCUCCUCUACGACAGACAGGUUACGUCGGGCGUGACUCCCAAGGAAGCUGCUUGGGCUAUAGCCACCGGCUUCCUUGUUUCAGGAGACGUCGUCGUGACCGCCGGGCACUGCGCCUUUGACUAUUCUCGCAACCUUGGUCGACUUAUCCAAGCGAAAGCCUAUGUGGGAUACGGGUCGAGCUCGGUUGCCUUUCGGUGCGGCACGGCUGUCGCAACCACCGACGGAUGGAUCAACAACGAUGGAAGCGAACCUUGUGACGUUUCGUUCAUCAAGCUCGCAAGCCCAUUCAACGCUAACGAGGUCAAAGCUUUUUACAAUCUCGCCCAGACACCGCUCCAGGACAAAGGUGCAAUGCUGGGCGUUGUGGGCUACCCCGGCGACAUCGUAGAUGCCAAAGGAGAAAGGGGCGCAAGCAUGUACGAGAUGUUCAAGCCAACCGACUACAAUCUGGCUGAUGCAGACCAAAAUAUGUUGCAAUAUCAAAUCGAUACAUACGGAGGAAACUCCGGAUCGCCCGUAUUUGGUCAGCAACCCGUAUCUGGCAAGCCAGAAACUUUUGACGUCGUCGGAGUGCAUGUUCUCGGUGGCUAUUCGUACAACUCGGCGUCGGUGAUUGAUGGAAACUAUGGGAACCGUUGUCAUGCAUAUUACAAUAUAGCCUCAUCCCUCACCAACGCUGAUCAUAAGCCUGAUGGUUCCACGCAGACCGACAAGGAUCACAGGCCGUGGCUCUGGAUGUGCUCUACCGUGACUACGGAGGCGUUUGAUGACCAAGUGGGCGCCGGGCUCGACGACACUAUAAAGCAAUCACAGGCUGUCGAGGCCGAUAUAUCAUCUGCGAUUGUAGAUUGGGAUACGCCCCUUACGUUCGGAUCAAAGGCUGGGCCCCAAAUGGCCAUCUUGGCCUCUGCCGCCAUUGCAGCAGCUGGCAGGCUUGCCGCUGACAGUGUCAACGGGUCCAAUGUCGAGUCGCUAGCUCAAACCCGUCCAUAUGAUGGCGUCCUUGGCCGUGCAAUCCUCGCAGAAUCGGCCUUGCAAUACUUUUUCUCUCUGACCCACAAUGAUCAGGAGGCAUAUAGGGAAACCAUGGGUCCGCUGGUGGCCGCUCUCAAGCCCUUUGUGACGAAAAUCGCCCCCAGGAUUCUCAAGGGGACGUUGGAACCUAGCAUGAGACUCCUGCUGUCAAAUCUCGCAGGAACCAUCGACAGCAAAGCCAAACGCAGCACGACUCGUCCGACUGAAGCCGAAAAGGACACCGGUUUCGGACGCAAGCUGUCGCAUGAUGAAGACAAGUUCCUUCGCGGAUUGAUGGCCGAGGUGGACAAAAAGGCCAUUGAGUCGUUCUUCACCACGCUGACGACGAUUGGGGAUGUCGUCGGAAGUGCUUUCAGAAAGGCUGGCCCAAUUCUCAAGGAUGUAGCCAAGAUCGGGCUGGCGUUGCUUCUCGGAACGGAAUCUGGAGGACUCGAACCCACGUCCCUUGAUCCUCUGGCACACAGAGCAAUCCUGGCAGAGGCUUGUUUGCAGACAUUUGUCGAAAUCCAAGACGAUGCGACCAAGAAGGAGAUUUACCCCAAGAUGGUUGAAAACUUAAAGGUGUUGGGUCCCAUGCUGAUGAGAGCCUCGCCAUUUGUAGCCAAAUACAUUGCUCCGAUUGUGGCAGACAUUCUGCGCGAGGUCAACCCCCAAAACAAGACGGAAUUUUUGGAUUUCACCUAUGGAAAGGCGUAG